AUGAGCUAUGGAGUGGCACCCCAGCCUUUUUUUUUCGUCCUGAGGGCAGUCCGGCACCCUUGCUACGUUAUAUGCGCCGAUGGUGGUGCCAAUCGACUUUAUGAUUUAACGAAGAAUCAAGGGCAAGAGUCAACUGAACUUCCGAAUACCAUUAUUGGUGACUUGGACUCUCUUAAUCCAACAGUACGAAAACAUUAUGAAAUGCUUGGGGUAACCAUUUUGGAAGAUCCAGACCAAUAUUCCACAGAUUUCACCAAAUGCUUGAAAUAUCUCAAUACACAUGCUUCUGAGAUUAUCGCAUCCCCCCGUCGAUCUCAAGACUCUCAGUCAAGUUCAAGUUCUCACUCGGUACUUGAAAUUGUCAUUCUUGGCGGUCUUGGUGGUCGUGUUGAUCAAGCCUUCUCGCAAAUCCAUCAUUUAUACAUGAUGACCAAGACACAACGAGAGAUUCGCGAGGCCCACAGGAUCAGUGAGACGAAUACACAUUCUAGUAAUUCGGCCAUAGGUGGGAGCCUCUAUCUCGUCUCCGAGGAAAGCAUCACAUUUGUCUUGCAUCAAGGCCGGAAUAUCAUUCAUACACCGGCAACGAGACGCGCUGAUACUGACCAAGCUACCUCGGGUAUUGGAUCGCAGCAUGAAACAUCUAAAAACACAGAGGAAGCGAAGUACUUCUUUGAAGAAAAUGUUGGCAUCAUUCCUUUAUCUGCUCCGGCUUCUAUCACCACCCAGGGCUUUGAAUGGGAUGUGCAAAACUGGCACACUGAGAUUGGAGGUCAAAUAUCUACAAGUAAUCAUAUUCGAGCAGAGAAAGUUGAAGUGGAGACAUCAGUUCCAGUGCUGUUUACCGUGGAGUUGGCGCAAAGACUCAAAAGGUGA